UCUAUCUCCCACUACUGCUGGAUCCCAACCAGCAUAAAAGAAAAGCUUCUCCAUCCCCGACAAUAACCUGAAACCCCUCUAAUCAUAUCCUCUCUCUCUCUCUUCUUGCAUCGAUUAUAUUAUAUUUCCCCCCUCUCUCUCUGCCUUAUUCUCUCCCCUUCCAUCCAAAUUCUCAUCCACUUCUUCCCCAGUCUUUCCAUCAGCGCAAGUUUCAGCUCAUUUUCUAAUGGCUGAUCAGAUGCUGUCAGAUAUGAAGGAGAAGAAGAGGGUGAUGGAGAUGGCGGCCAAAACCGCCUUCCUCCUGUUCGGCUUCGGCUCCGUCUUCGCUGUUGUCUUCGCCAGUACUCUCGCCGUUGUCCCCUCCGUCGACCGCCUCUUCUCCUCCCAAAGCAGCCUUUUGAUCACCGUCCACCUCAUCAUCGCCGCCAUAUGGAAGCUCUCCAAUGCCAAGCCCCGCGGCGACCACCCUCACAACCACGACAACCCCCUCGCGCCUCCUCCCGACUCGCCGGAGACCUGGUACGACGUCCAUGCUUCCUCCCCCACUACCUCUACCACCACCAGUACUUCACCGGAAUCCAACUCCGCGCCGUCGCCGCCGGCUGAACCUGUCAUCCCACCGGAGACUGCGGAAGAGGAGGUGGCAGCGUCGAGCUCCGUCGACGAUGGAGACAAUUCGAUGGAUGCAACAUGGACGGCGAUCAUGGACGGCGGGGGGCGACUCGCAAAGCCGGUGCUGAAGAAGAGCCAAACGUGGGAGAAGUGCAAGGAAGUGAAGGUAGUAGGAGAGAAAGCGGUGGGGAAGAGGGAGAUGAGGAAGUCGGAGACGUUCAAGGAGAAGGCGAAGGCCAUAGUGGAGGAGGGGUGGAGGAGGAGGGACGUGCUGGUGGUGAGUCAGGACGAGCUGUUCCGGCGCGUUGAGACCCUCAUCAAGAAGCACCACGAGAAUCUGCGCCUCCAGCGGCAGGAGUCGGAGCAGCGCCGGUUCUUGGAGAGGUUUCGCCGUAGCUACUAGCUCGUGCAUUGUUUAUGUUGGAGAUGAGUGGAGUACUUAGUGCCAGCGCUAUGGUGGUGGAUUGGUGUAGAAUGGUGGGGAGCGCAGAUCGGUGGGAAGUUCUGCCUUUUGCUUUUCUUCCGCAUAUUUCAGGCUUAAAGCUCGGUAAAUUUUCUCAGUUAGAGGGUUGAGGUGUAAAUAUGCAUAUGCUGUGUAUGGUGCACGUAUGGAGCUGUGUUUGUGGAUAUAUAUGGCAGGUGUGAUCAUAGUUGUGGGAAGUAUCAUAAUGUAAAAAUGCCUAAUAAGGUAAUUAAUUAUCUUUUU